UUUGUGGCUGGCACUGCUACCGAUUUCGUUCUGAUAUCGUGGAAUCCUGACAGAAAUGUUACAAAAUCCAGUCCUGAAACUUUAGCUGUUGUCGAUAAGGACCGAAAUGGUACCAGAUGGAACGACGGAAAGGUGGAUUCUUCGGGUAGAUUCUGGGGUGGCACAAUUGGACCCGAAGUGAACGACGUUGUUGUACCAGAUCAAGCAAAUUUCUAUCGUAUCGGCUCCGACUUGAAACCACAAGUGGAACUGUCCCCUGUUACGAACAGUAAUGGAUUAGCUUGGAAUCAGGAGGAUAAUACACUUUAUUAUAUAGAUACACCUACGCGUAAAAUAGCCGCGUUUGAUUUCGAGAAAGUCCAGGGAACUAUAAGUAACAAAAGAAUCGUAUUCGAUCUUGAAAAAAAUAACGUUACGGGAUUACCAGAUGGUAUGACCAUAGACAGAAAUGGAAACCUUUGGAUAGCUUUAUAUGGCGGUGGUGCUGUGGCCCAUGUUGAUCCACGCACUGGUAGUUUAUUGCAUUUGUUGAAGAUGCCUGUAGAGAAAAUAACCAGUUGCGCAUUUGGAGGUUCCCGUUUGGAAACUCUAUUUGUAACAACAUCUAGCCGCGAUUUGACCGCUGAAGACUUGCAAAAGCAACCGUACGCUGGUUACGUGUUCGCUGUAAAUGGUUUAGGUGUACGUGGUGUGAUAGCAAAUUCGUUUAAAUUGAAAAUGUCAGAGUUGUCUAUUGAACCACUAGUAGGACCUUACACCCUUGGAGAAGGCCCACAUUGGGAUCAACUUUCUAAAAAGCUCUACUUCGUUGAUAUACUUGGUCAAAAAAUAUAUAGAUACGAUCCAUUAACCUCAACUCUUACAUCUGUUUCUACAGAAAAUGGACCUGUUGGAUUUGUUAUUCCCGUUGAUGGUGCUCGUGACAAAUUCGUAGCUGGAAUUGGUACAGAUGUUGCAUUAGUUACAUGGGAUGGAGAAACGAAUCUUUCAAAGGGUACAACUGAAACAUUAAGCACAGCUGACAGUGAUCCUACAAAAACCAGAUGGAACGAUGCAAAAGUAGAUUCUUCUGGAACAUUGUGGGGUGGGACAAUGGCUCUAGAAAUAGAUGGAGUAAUCGAACCUGGUAAAGGGUCAUUUUACAGUAUUGGUUCUAAUCUUGUGUUAAAAAAACAAGUGACCCCUGUAAGUAUAAGUAAUGGAGUGGGUUGGAAUCUUAACGAAGACACACUUUAUUACAUUGAUUCACUGAGCUAUCAGGUAGUUGCAUACAAUUACGACUCUCAAACGGCAGCUAUAUCUAACAAAAGGACUAUUUUCGAUCUUCGGAAAAACAAUAUCAAUGGAUUUCCAGAUGGUAUGACUGUAGACGCAUGUGGAAAUCUUUGGGUCGCUGUAUAUGGCGGAGGUGGCAUACUGCAUAUAAAACCGGAAACGGGUGAAUUAUUGCGUUUUGUCAAAAUCCCUGGUGCCCAACUUAUAACCAGCGUUGCAUUUGGUGGUACUGAUCUCGACGUAUUAUAUGUAACAUCGUCGCGCACGGGACUGAGCGAAGAUCAGUUAAAAGAGCAACCUUACGCCGGUUACUUAUUCGCUGUAAAAGGUUUAGGCGUACGUGGUUUACCUGCGAAUUCAUUUAAACUGCCACAUAAAUCAACAUAGAUGUGAUAAGUAUAAAUACUUCAUAUUUGUACAAAUAUAUUAAAAUAUACUUCUUUAGUACUAAAUCGUUAGAACAACGAAUAAUAUAGUAA